CUCACGUUCCCAGACCCCUUCACACCCCGCACUUUCCAGCACUCUCACCCGCUCCCAGCCAGCCCUCGGCUUCACACAGACUCUGCCCAGAUUCACUCACGCUCACAGCUUGCUGGCAGUCAGUCUCCGCUCAUCCUCCAUGGCAUCCCAUGCAGCUGCACUACUAGCCCUCAGCCUGCUGAUUCUCUGGACCUCCCCUGCUCUGGGAGAUGCCAACGACGCUGAAGACUGCUGCCUGUCUGUGGCCCAGCGCCCCAUCCCUGGAUUCCUGGUGCGAGCCUAUCGCUACCUGCUCAUCAGCAAUGGCUGCAGGGUGCCUGCCGUUGUGUUCACCACGCUGAGAGGUCACCAGCUCUGUGCACCCCCAGACCAGCCCUGGGUGGGCCGCAUCAUCCGGAGACUGCAGAAGAACUCAGCCAAGGGAAAGCGCUACAGCAGGUAGCCCAUGAUAGCCCCAGAGGGAGCCCUGUGUCUGAGGGAAAGAAUGUGAAUCACUGAAGCCCUGGGGAACCAAGGACCAGAAGGGAGGACCAGGCCUCCUGCUCCCCUGCACCAGACCUGACCCAGCUGGGGCGGGGUAGGAGUGUGACUGUGUGAGUGUGAAUGUGAGUGUGGAUGAGUG